CCACCACCACAACCAAAAGAUCUGGACUUAGAAGACGGAUCCACGGAACCAAAAGUUAUACGCCGGAACACGAAACUCACACGAGUGGAAAUAACGAGGGUGAGUCGUAUGGUUGCGAUGGAUUGGGACAGUCUUGCCGGGCUCUUGGAUAUUCCAUAUGAAGAACGUGAGGAAAUCAGAACCAACUAUGCAAAAUAUCCUGAUUCUCCGUCGAAAGCGGAAGAAGUUCUCAAUCACUUCAAUGGCAGCGAUUGCUUUGGUCGAGAUAUUUUUGGAAAAUGCGUCGAUGAAUUGGGAAGGCAUGAUUUAAUAAAAAAAUUACAUCUUAUGGAGGACGAGGAUGAAGAAGCUUUGGGUGAUAAGUGGAAAGAAAAAACUGCUUUGGAAAUUAAUGCCAAUAAUGGGGUUACUAAUGAAGAAAUUCCUCCCGAAAGUCAGCCUCUCUCACCUCGUGAAAUGUACAGACUAAGUCGACGUAUUGCGGUUGACUGGGACAGUCUUGCUGGCCUCAUGGACAUCGCCAAGGAGGAAAGGGAUGAUAUAAGACGCAACAUUCGCAUUUACCAUGACAAUCGGUCGCAAGCGGAGAAAAUUUUAUCGAUUUUCAACCGCAGGAGAGACUUUUCACGUAAGAAGCUGAUAGAAUGCUUGAAAGAGCUCAAGAAGAUAGACAUUAUUCGACCAAUUGUCACAGGAGAAUGGAAAGACUUGUAAUUGUCAAGUCGUCUACAACAUAACUUACCCUUUCGAAAAUUCAUCUAUCCCACUCAUCCAC